AAGAUAAUAUAGUUAAUACAGGAGAUCGAGCAGUUAAAAAAUACACUGAAGCUAUGUGGAAGCUUGUUGAUGAACUUACCUUCGCAUUUUAUUUUCCCGAUCCUGCUCAGCAUGAUCUUUUCAAGCAUGCACAAGAAAUGAAUAAUGAAG